AUGCACUUCCUCAUCAUCGGCGGCACCGGCCGGACAGGCGCCCUCAUCGUCGACGAGGCCCUCCGCCAGGGCCACUCCGUCACGGCCCUCGUCCGGCCGUCCUCCUCCGCCGUCGCCGAGAACGAGAAGAACCCGCGGAAAGGCCUCACAUUCCACCAGGGCAGCCCUCUGAAGCAGGCAGACGUCGAGGCCGCGCUGGCCGCCGCUCCAGACAGCACGAGACCCGUAGGCGCCGUCAUCGUGGCGCUCAACCCGCGCCGCGCGAGCGACUCGCCCUUCGCGGCCAUGCUGCCCGACACGCCCGACGCGCCGUGGAAGCUCGUCUCGGGCGCCGCCCGCGCCGUCCUGCCGGCCAUGCGGGCCAAGGGCGUGCGGCGCCUCGUGCUCAUGAGCAUGCAGGGCGCCGGCAGCAGCUGGGGCAGCCUCAACGUGCUGUUCCGCCCGCUGUUCAUGGUGACCAACAUGCGGCACCAGAUCGCGGACCACAACGAGGCUGACGCGCUGGUCAAGGAGGCCGCUGGCAGAGGAGAAAUCGAUUACGUCCUGGUGCGGCCGGUCAUGCUGGCCGAGGGGGAGGCGGGCGAGGUGCGGGUGCACGGGGACGACGGCCGGGGCGCGGGCUUCAUGCCCAAGAUCACGCGGAGGAGCGUGGCGAGGUUCAUUGUCGAUGCGGCGGUCAGAGACGAGUAUGUUGGACGGACGCCGGUUAUUACCAAUUGA